AGGCGGCCGCCGGCCCUCCCCGACCGCGCAUGCGGCAGUGCUGGGCCGGGGCAGCGCUGCCGCGCUCGGGGGCUGAAGUGUGGGUAUCCCUUCCCCCGGCCCCGUCCCCUCCUCCCCUGCGGGCCCCCGGCAGCGCCCCCGCAGAUGGGCUUGGGCUGGAGCAGCGCGGAGGAGCGGCGGCCCCUCCUGCCGCCGCCGCCGCAGCAGCCGCGGCCGCAGCCGCGGGGGCCGGCGGGGGUCCCGGCGGGGCGGCUGCCGCCGCUGUCGGGCCGCGUGUACGGGCGGCGGUGGCUGGUGCUGCUGCUGUUCUCGCUGCUGGGCUUCGCGCAGGGCCUGGUGUGGAACACCUGGGGCCCUAUCCAGAACUCGGCCCGCCUGGCCUUCGGCUUCAGCGGCUGGGACAUCGCCCUGCUCGUCUUCUGGGGGCCCAUCGGCUUCGCGCCCUGCUUCUUCUUCAUGUGGCUCAUGGACAAGAAGGGUCUGAGGGUAACAGUGUUACUGACAUCAUCCCUCAUGGUAUUGGGAGCUGGCCUGAGAUGUGUUCCAGUUUCAGACCUAGAAAUUAGGAAGAAGCUGAUCCACGGCGGGCAGCUGCUGAACGGGCUGGCGGGGCCCACGGUGAUGAACGCGGCUCCCUUCCUCUCCACCACCUGGUUCUCCCCGGACGAGCGCGCCACGGCCACGGCCAUCGCCUCGCUGCUCAACUACCUGGGCUCGGCCGCCGCCUUCCUGGUGGGGCCGCUGGUGGUGCCGCCGCCCAACGGCACGGCGCAGCUGGCGGCGCCCGGCAGCGCCCCGCGCAUCAAGGACCGCAUCGAGGCCGUGCUCUAUGCAGAAUUUGGAAUGGUUUCCCUGAUAUUUUCUGCAGCGUUGGCCUACUUCCCCUCGCGCCCUCCAUUCCCCCCCAGCGUGGCUGCAGCGAGCCAGCGGCUCAGCUACAGGAGAAGUUUUUGCAGACUCUUAAGCAAUUUCCGAUUCUUGAUGAUUGCUUUGGCCUAUGCGAUACCACUGGGUGUUUUCUCUGGCUGGUCUGGUGUUCUGGAUUUGAUAUUAACACCCAUUCAUGUAAGCCAGGUGGAUGCAGGCUGGAUUGGAUUUUGGUCUAUAGUUGGAGGUUGUGUUGUUGGCAUAGCAAUGGCAAGAUUUGCAGAUUUUAUCAGGGGCAUGCUGAAGUUCAUACUGCUGCUGCUUUUAUCUGGAGCAACAUUAGCAUCAACCUGGUUCACUCUCACCUGUCUAACUACUGUCACUCAUCUGCCUUUAACCACAGCUACACUGUACACAUCCUGCAUUUUGCUGGGCAUAUUCCUCAACAGCAGUGUACCAAUAUUCUUUGAGCUCUUUGUGGAGACAGUCUACCCUGUUCCAGAAGGAAUCAGCUGUGGAGUUGUCACCUUUUUGAGUAAUGUGUUCAUGGGAGUGCUUUUGUUUUUCCUCACAUUUUACCACACAGAGUUUUCCUGGUUCAACUGGUGCCUGCCAGGGUCGUGUCUGCUCAGCCUGCUCCUCAUCCUGUGCUUCCGCGAGUCCUACGACAGACUUUAUCUCGACGUCGUCGUCUCCGUGUGAUCACCCCGCACUGGUGAGGGCUUGGAAGAGACUGGAAGUCGGCUUUGCAGUCUGCACAUCUGCCUGGAUUUGCACAGCUGAACAGCAGAAAAACAAAGAAAUUUCAAGACUUAAUCAUGGCUUUAUUUAGAGAGGGUGAGGGAUGGGUCGUUCUUACGUUCAAGACCAUCUUGAUUUGCCAUAAAUGUGGAACUGGAGUGCUGAUGGUGACACCCAAAUGCACAAAGAGAAUCUCUCUGCUGUCCAGGUCCCUGUGCAGGGCUGGGGCUCUCUGUUGAAGAGGCUGUUGAUGUAGCAGUGAGGUGUAUGUUGUGUGUGUGCCUGUGUGCUGACUCACGGUUAUACACACCAGGGUACCAGUAAUCUUCAGUCUUCUAUCAGAAUGAAAAUAGGGAAUAAUCUUAACAAAAGGAAAAAAAAGUAAGAAAAGAAAACAAAAAUCUUUUCAAGAUCUCUUUAAAAUCACUAGUCAUUUAUAUAUUGAAUGUUCAUUAAACAUUUAAGCUAAAAUUAUUUGGUGCUUGUACACUACAUUUACAUUCUAAUAAAGUGGGUUCUGAUAUAAGACGCUGGUACCAGGGUUUCUAGCCAUACUAAAUAUCCCAAAUAAUCCUUGCAGUGUUAUUAGAGGCGUUUGUUACCACCCUGGAGCACAAGUAAACAAUAGCUUUAGCUGCCACUGAAUCCCAUCCUGCACCCACAGCCAUCUCUGAAAUGCCACCAUGGUUCCGAAUCUCCUGAAUAUGGAGCAUCUGUGGUGUACUGGAGUGUCACUCUAGGUAAAUGUUGCUGUUCUAAAGGCCACCACUGUGUCACCUUUCCAUCCUCCAUCUCCAGUACUGCCUUUUUUACUGUUUGUGCCACUGAAUACUGUGGGUGUGGAUGUCUAAAUCCUGCUAGUUCUCUCCUGAUACUCUAAGGUGUGUGUGGUUUUUAGGAUUAGUUUAUGACUGAGGGUGCCUAAACAAUAUUGCUUGUAACCCAAGUCUGGAAAAAUCACUGUUUCCUAAAAAAACCUUUCUAGUUGAGGAGGUGCAUUGAUGGCGAAGUGACAAUGAGUUUGACAAUGAGUAACUCACGAGUUCUGGCAUAAUAUGGGAAAUUAAUGCCAGCUCUUUUUAUCAGUACUAAUCUGUGGUCGUUCUGGCCCUACUUGAACAUAAAUAUUAAAGACACUUUGAAUAGUUUUUUAACUCAAUUUUUAAACCUGCUAAUUUCUUAAUUAUAUUCUUAGAUUUCAGUUCAGCAUCAUUUAAAAUAUUUCUGUAUGUGUGUGUGUGUGUGUGUUCUGUGCUUUGUGUUAUGGGGGUGUGUUUGUGUGUAUGGGGGCGUGCAUAUUUAUAUCAAUGUAUACACAAAUAAAACUUAUAUAUAUAAGAGAUACCUAUAGAUAUAUAUAUAUAAGUUGUGCAAGGGUGUGUAUUUCCCUAGGUUUACUCCAGGUGAUCCUGUCUGGGGAAGGUGAUGUGCCCUUGUUGGUAACCAAGCCAGUCACUGCCGUGAGUGGGGCUGCGUUGUGCCCCGUCUGCCACAGCGAUUCUUUUCAGGGGUGAACAAUUCCCUAUCGUGGCACUUCUGUGGCAGGGGGUGGGUGCACGUGUUGGAGGAGGCUCUGCAUCUCUAGAAGUUGAAUCAAGCACCCUCUGCUCCUGUGUGGGGCUCUUCUUUGCCCCUGGGGCCACACCAACGUGGUAAGCUCACUCAAAUAAACUCAAAACUACCUUUCAGACAUGGAUCUGUUCCUUCUGCCUGCUCUCCUUUUGCAGAGAGAAUACACCUCUAAGACUUAACUCAGGAGUGUAUCUGUGCAGUAAAAUAAAACAAGCUGUUCCCUGCU